AACUAGAAUAUGUUUGAGUUAUAGGCUAAUAUUUUCUGAAAUUUAAAUUGUAUUUACAUAAUGUUGUAGAUUUGUGAUUCAGAUUUGAAAAUACUAAACGUUAAUGCAUUGUUCCCCGGAAGCACACAUGAUUCUCAUGUUUGGAAUAAUUCUAGUGUCUUACCAUUACUUCAAGAUCUAUAUACAAAUGGUCUUAAAAAUAUUUACUUGUUAGGGGAUUCAGGCUACCCAUUACGUCCAUGGAUGCUAACUCCCAUUGCAAAUCCAACUACUGAAGCGGAUGAAUAUUUUAAUAAACAACAAAUGUCCGCUAGAAGUAUCAUUGAACGUUGCAAUGGAGUUCUAAAGGGACGUUUUAGAUGUCUUAUAAAAGAUCGAACUCUGCAUUACAAACCAGAGAAAGUAUCACAAAUAAUUAAUGCUUGUGUUGUUCUUCAUAAUCUAUGUAUAACGUACAAUCUUCCUGAAUUUGUGGAUGGAGAAAAUAUAACUGAUUUUGGCAUAUACCAAGCUCCACUGGGUGUUGCAGAAAACAAUGAUUUAAAUUUAAGAAACAGAGAUUUAAUGAUGGGAAGGAGACAAAGACAAAAAAUUAUUCAACUUUUACAAAAUAGAAAUAUUAGGGAAGAAAUAUAACAUUAUAAUAUAUUUAUAUAAACA